AUUACCAACACGAAGAUGGUUCUUGCCGGCAACCACGUCCGCCCUAGGUGGCCGAGCACUCUAGCACUCACCUUGCAAGUCCUAACGGGACGGUGGUUCAUGGUGUUCGCCACCACCCUAAUCAUGUUAACAUCGGGGGCCACCUAUAUGUUCGGCUUGUAUUCUACUGAAAUCAAGUCCAAUCUAGGAUAUGACCAAACCACCCUCAAUAUCCUCAGCUUUUUCAAAGACCUAGGCUCCAAUGUUGGCUUGCUCUCCAGCCUAAUCAACGAGGUCACCUCGCCGUGGGUGGUACUAUCUAUUGGCGCUGCCCUCAACUUUUUCGGAUACUUCAUGAUUUGGCUAGCCAUCUCAAAGAAAAUCUCGAGGCCCCAUGUUUGGCACAUGUGCUUGUACAUCUUUAUUGGCGCCAACUCACAAUCAUCCGCGAACACUGGCGCCCUGAUCACUGCCGUAAAAAACUUCCCGGAGAGUCGGGGGGCCGUUUUAGGGCUAUUAAAGGGGUUUGUUGCCUUGAGUGGCGCUAUAAUAGCCCAAAUAUACCAUGCAAUAUAUGGAAACGAUUCUAAGUCUCUGAUUCUCCUCAUAGGCUGGCUUCCUACAGCAGUAUCAUUGGUGUUCUUGCGAACGAUACGGACAAUUGAGGCAGUUAGGGUUGCACAUGAACUCAAGGUUUUCUACCGGUUCUUGUACGUAUCACUGGGGCUGGCCGGAUUUCUCAUGGCGACUAUCAUAUUGCAAAAAAGGGUUACUUUUACUCGGAGUGAGCUUGGGGCUAGUGCAGCCACAAUUCUGUUCUUGCUAUUUUUACCAGUAGCAAUCGUUGUCAAAGAAGAAAUUCAUCUACGGAGGAGGAAAAGAGAUGAUCAUAACUUGGGCAAUUUCUCUCAGUUAAAGUUUGAGAAUCCCCCACCAAUCUCUGCAUCAACUACUAAUGAUCAGGCCCGAAAUCAAGAAAUCUCUUGCUGGAGUGUUGAGAGCAUUUUCGGGCCGCCCGGUAGAGGAGAAAACUACACGAUUUUGCAAGCCCUUUUCAGCAUAGACAUGUUGGUUCUGUUCUUUGCAACAACUUGUGGGGUUGGGGGUACCCUAACCGCCAUUGACAAUUUAGGGCAGAUUGGGACUUCAUUAGGGUACCCUACAAACAGCAUUAGCACAUUUGUUUCUCUUGUAAGCAUAUGGAACUAUCUGGGGAGGGUGGUUUCGGGCUUUCUAUCAGAGCAUUUCUUGGACAAGUACAAGUUCCCAAGGCCCGUUAUGCUGACUCUAAUCCUCGUGAUGUCGUGUAUCGGCCACUUGUUAAUCGCCUUGGACGUUCCAAACGGGCUUUACGUGGCCUCCGUGAUCAUAGGGUUUUGCUUCGGUGCUCAGUGGCCAUUGCUCUUCGCCAUCAUUUCCGAGCUUUUCGGGCUUAAGUACUACUCCACAUUGUACAACUUCGGGUCUGCAGCAAGCCCGAUUGGAUCGUAUUUGCUCAAUGUGAGGGUGGCAGGGUACUUGUACGACAAGGAGGCUGAGGAGCAGUUGAGGGCCUUGGGCCGGGCUCGGAAGCCCGGGGAGGACUUGAAUUGUGUAGGGGUGGAGUGCUUUAAGAUGGCUUUCGUUAUAAUCACUUUUGUAACAUUGUUUGGUGCAUUUGUUUCACUUGUUUUAGUGGUUAGGACAAGGGAGUUCUAUAAGAGUGACAUAUACAAGAAGUUUCGGCAGGAGAAGGUGGCGGAGGUGGAUGUGGCGGCGACGGCGGCCGCCGAAGGUGGGAAUGAUAGUGUUCAUGGUAAAUAA